AUGGGGUUAGCCCAAGAGACGUUGAACGAACUGUUCGUUGAAUUACAACGGCAAGACAAGGACGAGAGAAAAUGGAAACAUCAGAAAGAAGAGGGGAAGGACAAACUAGGCGAACUGGAAGCGGUUAUUAGACGGAAUUUGUUAAAUAUUAUGGAUAAAUAUGGGUUGAUGGGAGGGGAUGAGGAGGAGCCCCCCACAGAGACUGGUGAUCAUAUUGAAACGAAUAGAGUGCAGAGUGCAUCAUUUGUCAAAGACGAAAGGCUGGAGAAAUUGUGGGAACACGCUAAAAGUGAAGGUAUAUCAUGAUUUGUAGAAACUUUAUGCUACGUUUAAGCGCCCUACUAAUAUUAUUUUACUCUGUCUAACGCCAGAUAAUUUUAUUUGUCAAGGGGAGAGUGCUGCCGCUCAGUGUGUUAAUAACCAUAUAAGAUAUGGAAUGACAUUGGAGGCCCCAAACAAAACAUUUCAUAUCAAUUUUCACACUUUUUGAAAGUUGACUAUUUAUACCAUAGACAGAUUUUCUGAUGGUGCAGAGGUGUGUGUACCCCCAAACAUUUUGCACUCGCUCAAAAAGUUUUCCACCCCACCUAGAGAAGUUUUCACCCCCACCCCCAAAAAAAUUAAAUGCUUUUUGGAUGAAAUGACUGGUUAAAAUAACGAUUUUUAACUAAAUAAGACCAAAAAUCAAAAUUUCCUGGUGGCUUACCCCCUCACCCGAACCAUAUCCCCACUAGCACCCCUGCACUGCAGCUUGUUCUGUGCUGCACCCCCUUGCACAUCUUUCCCCCUCCCUCCACCAAAUUUUCAGCAAAAUCUGAAAAUCCAUCUAUGAUUCAUUUCAUAUAGCACAAUUUACCAAAGAAGAAUUAGAAGAUUUACGUAAAGAAUUAACCCACCAUCACGAGAAAUGGAAACAAUACCGAGAUCUAGUCAGCUUAGUUUCGGCACACGAGGACAGAGACAACAACCUUGUGGGCAACAAUGUCCCACAUGACGAGGAAGGCAUCUCGAAGUUACGAGACGAGAUGAACAUGCAGCAGCAGGAGGUUGAUCGUAAUUAUCACCGGUUGAAAGUGAAGGUCUUGGAACGAGCUAAAGAAGGGGAAUUUCAAGACCAUCGUGUUCGUGAUUUAUGGAAGAGAGCCAAGGCUGGGGGGUUGUCAGAAGAGGAACUAGAAAUCAUGAAAGUAAGUGAUUUAAUCUUGUAUAUGAGGUACACAUGUAAAAACCUCACAUAUUGUAGCAAGUCUGCCAACAAGCUGUCGACCAGUUGUGUUCGCACUGACUCAGAAUAAUUUUUUUACUCUCUGCUAUCAGAAAUAUUUCCGUCAAUUCUAGGAGGAGCUGCGACAUUUUGAUAGCAAGAUAGCCAAACAUGACAACCUACAAGAACAGCUGGACGUUGCAGAAGACUUGCUUAAUCAGGGUCAUAAUCAUAUAAAACAAAAACAUGAAAAGUUGUCCACUAAAGUAAAGGAACACAGAAGAUAUGUAAGUAACUGUUGCAUACCCAGGCCAAAACAGCAGACUAAACAACUUGAUAAAAUCUGAAACCCUGGAGGUCCGGCAUUGAGGCCAUCGAUCACAGUGAUGAAUAUAAUUGUUGAAAAAUUUUGUACAGUGUCACUCAUUCUCAACUUUCAAUAUCUGCACCCGGUUGUUCAAAACCAUGCAGGUUGUUCAAAUCCCAGGUUAUUAACGAAAAUUUCAAAGCAAACUUCUCAACAACUUGUUUAUAAACAUAAAGAUAGUUUUCCAAUAGAAGUUUUAUUUUCCAGAGUUUUGAAAUGGCCGGCCCCUGACACGUAAGAUUAACAUCAUUUGUUCCGCCCAGGUAGAUUUAAAUUUUGAUGACCUAGGGCCUGUACUUGACAGGUGACAAGAGCGCUGAAAUAUAAAUAGGAGGGGUCUAGGCUGCUGACUAUUACUUCUGCUUUCAGAGUAGCAGAGCAUUGGAGAAAGAAAGCAAAUAAUAUCCACAAUUUUAUUCUUAGAUCAAGAAGCUACAUGCUACACUGGACAAGAAAAUUGGGCCACACAACGAGCUAUGA